UUGAUAGUCGUUUCGAGCCAACACAAUGAAACCCAUUUGCUUCGCACUCUGCGUAUUUUCGCUAGGCCUUUUCUAUUUGGCCAGCGCUGAGAUUGGUGAAAAUGUGAAGAUCCAGACGUACAAGAAGUAUAGUUCAUCCUGCAAGGAGUUGAACCCAAAGAAGAGCGGUGUCCAGAAGAUCCAAGUGGGCUCCGAUGUAAUCGAAGUGUACUGCGAUGUGACAAUCGCCGGAAAGGGCUGGCUGGUCGUCCAGCGAAGAGUCAGUGUGGAGGAGAACUUCUACCGCAAUUGGACCUCUUAUCAGACGGGUUUCGGUGACCUUAAGGGUAACUUCUUCAUCGGAUUGAAUAAUCUGAACAAGAUCUCGUCCCUGCAACCCCAAGAGUUGUAUAUUGAGUUGGUGGACUUUGCUGGCGAGAAGCGGUAUGCCCACUACAGUGUGUUUCACGUGGGCAACGUGUACAGUAAUUACCCGAUAACCCAGCUGGGCGCGUACAGUGGAACCGCCGGAGACAGUUUGAGCUAUCAUCUGUACCAACCUUUCAGCACCUUCGAUAGGGAUAACGACAAUGCCACUAUCAACUGUGCUGCCAGAUAUAUGGGAGCCUGGUGGUACAGAGAAUGCCUUAGCAGAAUCCCUUGCAGCAAUCUGAAUGGUGCAUAUCUGGGUGGAAACCACACCGAUCCCGCGCUGUUUGGCUCUGGAAUCGUUUGGGGAGAAUGGAAGGGCUUCACAUACAGCUACAAGACUGUUAACAUUAUGGUGCGACCAAAAUAAGUCCUUGAUACUUUAGAAGUACUUGUUUAACUGACUAGAUAACUGCCUAAAACUAUGAGCUGAUUAGUUAUUUGCUAACAGUAAAAAACUUACCAAUAGUUAUACAUUCAAUUUAUUUAUUUACCUAUUUUAAUUAUGUAAAUAUAUCUAAAUAGAUUGC